CAUGUGACUCCCUCUUUUUGUCUCCGUCCUCUUCUUCUCAACACUCUGUACUCCUCAUUUUGAACCACUGCCCUCUCUCUUCUGUAUCCCAUCCAUCAAUGGCGUGUUCAUCGCUUCCCAAGCUUCUCGUUCUCUGCGCCUUUUUCGUAUACAUUUCUAAUGUUGUUGUUGUUGCCCAGGUGGAUGAGUCGAGCUUGAAGCUCAUCACAGACUCACUGGAAUGGCCUUCAACAAUGUCUCUCUACAACGAGUUUGGGGACGAGGAUGGGGAAGACCCAGAUGGGGUAAUCGAUCGCAGGUCCAUGUUCUGGCACAGAAUGCGGUACUAUAUCUCCUACGGAGCUCUCUCUGCAAAUAGAAUCCCAUGCCCACCUCGCUCAGGCAGGUCCUACUACACCCACAACUGCUUCCAAGCUAGAGGCCCCGUUCGCCCUUACACCAGAGGCUGUUCCACCAUCACUCGUUGCCGAAGAUAAGCCUAGUCUUCGUUUAUUUCCACUCUGCUGCUGUGUUUCUGAGAUGGGUAUGGGGUUUGUGUUGAUGGGGUGUUUGUUUUUUAGGCUUGCGGAUCUGAUUAUGGUUGGUUGAGUUGCAGAUCUGGUUGCAUCAUCUUGAUGUUGUACGAGGAGUUUGUGGUUUGGUAUUUAUUUUCAUGUGUAAGCUUUAAACAAUGUGUUUACAGACUUAUUAUUUAUAUAUAUAUUAGGAAAUUAAUUUAUUUUGAA